CAAGCUACCAGCAAACACCAAAAAUUACCAGAUAUGCCUAUUCCAGAGAGAGGCGGUGGGCUGCCCUGGCAAAACCCCCGUAGCAGGCACCGGCUUGUGACCUGGUCGAGCAGAGGAACCUGUUCAGCAGAAGGACUCGCACGAUCGUUCUGCAACGCAGCUUUACCAAGCGUGGGAGCUCCCACACCCCUUUUUCUGGCUGUGCUUCCAGCGCAGGGCUUUGGAAACGUGGGUGUAAGGACAAAACCCCAACGGGCGCCAGAUCCUCUGGCGGUUGGGCAGGUUGGGUCAGGAGAGACGUGCGAGACCCCGCGAGCGCCUGGUGCUUCAGAGCCUGCGCACAUUUGGGUGGAAAACGUGCAUUUUGUAUUUCCUUCCCUCCCAAGCAGCGCAACCCCUCUCCACGCACCUGUCACCACCCACGCGUGUCCUACUUACACCGCACCCCUGACCGGCCCGCGCGGCGCGCCCCCGCACCGCCGUGCUUGCGCGGACUCGCCCUUAACGGCACAGCCGGGCCGCCCCAACGCUCGGCUGCGGUUACCGGAGACACCCGGCCCGCGGCUGGCGGAGGCCCCACGGCCGGAGCAACGCGCCCGCUCCGAAGCAGCGAGCUGCCGUGCCCUGCCGUGCCCUGCCGUGCCGCCUCGCCGGGGGUACAGCCCGGGAAGCCGCUCCCGGGGCCGCGCUCGGAGGCACCGCGGGAGUGCGGGAACUCCUUACCGGGGCGCGGGAAACCUAGGCGGGCGCGCUACCCUGACGUCACACCCUGGGCGGGGCUUCGCGCUGCGCCGGGAGCCGGCUGUUGCCAGGCAGCGGUUGCCAAGCGACGGCGUCGGAGCGGCCAUGGAGGCGCACGCCGUGCAGGGCGGCACCUUCCUGAGCUUCAUGGCCGAGGGGACGCUGCUGUACCAGCGCGGCGAGUACGAGAAGGCCCUGAUCUACCUCAACAACGCGCUGAAGCUGCGACCAGGAGACAGGUACGCUCUCGUUGCCCGCUCAGAGUGUUACCUGAGGCUUGGGGACACACAAAACUCCCUGAAAGAUGCUGAAGCUUCUCUCCAAAACGACAAAACGUUCUCCAAGGGUCUUUACCAAAAAGCCGAGACAUUAUACACCAUGGGUGAUUUUGAGUUUGCGUUAGUGUUCUAUCAUCGAGGCUACAGACUACGUCCCGAACUGCAGAAGUUCCGGCUGGGUAUUGAGAAAUCCCAGGAGGCAAUUGUCAACUGCAUCGGAAGUCCAUCCUCAGUUAAACUGGAGAAUAAAGCGGAUUUGUGCUUUAUAAGCAGGCAGGCAGAGAGCAGACAAGCAAAUCAGAAGCUCCAAGUCAAACUGACUCCGGAUCAAAAACAGACAAAGAAAAAGGAGCCAGUGAGGAAUCAAAAAGUAGAGCGACAGCUUCUCGGAGAGCUCUAUGCUGACAAGGCCUAUCUAGAAAAGUUGCUCAAGGAUAAAGGUUUGAUGGAGAGCAGCACAAGGCAGGGGAUCAAAGUCGCGGACCUGGUUUCGGACGGUAUUUCCUACCUGGACACGUGCAGCAAAUUCUGGCAGCAGCAGAAGCCGAUUUAUGCCCGUGUGAGGGAGCGCAAGCUCAGGCAGCAAAUGUGGAUCCGGGACAAGAAACAAACACCGGCUGAAAUCAGCAGAUACAUCGUGAAGAACAUGGAGGACAUCGACAUGUUGCUGAGCGGCGAUUGCCCUGAAGAAAGCUGCAGGAAAGCCGAGCGUGUGCUCAAAACAAUCCAGGGGUGGUCAGAUGAUGAAGUUCCCAACAAGAACGAGAUCAUUGGAAACCUCCACAGCUGCAUGGGGAACGCGCGGUUCGAGAUGGGCCAGAUGGAGGCGGCUCUGCGAAGCCACAAAGUGGACCUGGCACUGGCCAGGCAGAACAAACUGCCGGAUGCCUUGUCCAGAGCCCUUGAUAACGUUGGCAGAGUUUACGCCAGAAUCGGCAAAUUCGAGCAAGCUAUUGAAAGCUGGGAGGAGAAGAUUCCGCUGGCAAAAUCCAGCCUGGAGAAGACCUGGCUGUUCCAUGAAAUUGGCCAGUGUUACCUCGAGCUGAAUAAAGCUGAAGCAGCCCAAACGUAUGGACAGAUGUCCCUGCAGUCGGCAGAUGAGGAGGGAAACGUCGAGUGGCAGCUCCACGCUUAUGUGCUCAUAGCACAAGCACAAGUAAACUUGAAGAAUUACUGGUCUGCGAUCAUCACCUUUGAAAAAGCGCUUGAGAAGGCGACAUUUAUUCGCAACGAAGCUGCUCAGGACGCCAUCGUUAUUGCCUUAGACGAUGUGAGUAAAAGCUUCAUCAAAGAGCUGAGAGGAAAAAGGAAAGCAAAGGAAGCUUACUCUGCUAAAGAGCGCGAUUUCAGCCCUGAAACCUCAAAAAAGAGCCUCGAGAAAUACAGACGGGAAAGUGAACUAAGCAUAAAGAGCAAAGGUGAUAAAAAGCAAAAAGAAGCAGCCGGGAAUUAUAAAGAAGAACCCGGAGACAGCCAAGAAGGAGGAAACGAACCAGAAAUUAAAGAGGAGAGCAAAGAGGAGGAGAUGGGGAGCGAAGAGGAGAAGAAGGAGAGGGGAGGGGAGGAGGAGAGCAGAGGGGAAAAGGAGGAGAACGAAGGGGAAAAGGAGGAGAACGAAGGGGAAAAGGAGGAGAACGAAGGGGAAAAGGAGGAGAACGAAGGGGAAAAGGAGAGGCAGGAAGAACCGUGAGGUGACGGGAAUCAGCCGGACCCGGCACCGGGGUAGCGCAGCCCGUCCUGCGGCGCUGCGGGGGCGCGUUGUGCUGUACCCCCCGCCUUGAAAACACGAGCUCUCCCGGUAA